AUUGCUAUAAAAGGCGGGGUGCUGGGGUUGAGCCUCUUCAGAUCAGUGUGCUCGAUCAUCAAAGCCUCCAAUCAUCCUUCAUCAGCUUCUUUAUAUAAUUUGAAGAAGAUGUCUUGCAGCUGCGGAUCAAGCUGCAACUGCGGCUCCAGCUGCAAGUGCGGCAAGAUGUACCCUGACCUUGAGGAGAAGAGCACCGGCGGCGCUCAGGCCACCGUCGUCCUCGGCGUGGCCCCGGAGAAGAAGGCCGGGCAGUUCGAGGCGGCGGCGGAGUCCGGCGAGACCGCCCAUGGCUGCGGCUGCGGUAGCAGCUGCAAGUGCAACCCCUGCACCUGCUGAUUGCUUUGCUUACACACCUGCAUGCAUGCUAGCUACUACUCAUCAGCUGCUUGUGUGUGACUUUCUCGAGUGAUGAUCGAUUGAACAACAAUAAGGAUGAGCCUGAGCUAGCCUAGCCAUCAUGUAUCGGUCUGGCUUCUCAUCGAGCAUGCAUGCGUCGUCUGCCCGUGUGUGUGGUUAUUUGCUACCUUACCUUGUGCUUGCUUGGCGUCCGUCCUGUAUGUGUGUGUGUGUGUUGAUCGUUGCAAAUAAACCAUGCAGAAUUGCAUCUCUGCAGGUGUGCAUGUGUGUCUGUAAUGAUCGGUCCAGAGUGAUGAAUAUAUAAAACUAGUUUGCUUUA